AUGUGUGGGUACUACAUUGGUGGUUUCGUUGCUGUUGGAAAAUUGCUACCAUUGGCAUUGGUGAAACAGGAGUGGAGUAGUGGCAAAACAUGUGUGGAGCAAUGGUAUUGCAUUGGAGGUCCUAAUUGCUAUAAUGGUGACUUAAGGAUGUGUGGGUAUUAUGGUGGUGGUCUCGUUGUUGUUACCAAACUAUUGUUGUUGGCAUUGGUGAAAUAG